UGACGUUUUUCAUGUACUCCACAGUUCAGCUAUCGAUGGUAGUAGCAAGUACCGGUAUAGUAUGAUCGAGGCCAAUAAUGGCUGAUAACGAAAAUAGUGACAACCGGGAAAAUCGUAAACCAACGAAAUAUGUUCAUUCGUGGAAGAGUAUAUGGAUAUAUGUUCAAUGUUAUUUUGUUACCAUUGCCUCUAUAUUAGGAACCGGAAUUUUAGGAUUACCGGAUACUACUUGGCGGUCUGGGUUUACCCCAUUCCUUACAUCAUUUCUUAUUGAUUAUGUGAUGCGGGCCCUUAGUAUCCUCUUCUUUGUGGACUUGCUGCAGAAAGCUCAAGUUUACCUGCUAAGUAAUCAAGAGAAUAAUCCUGAGUUGGUUGCACUGAAUGAGAUAAAUAAUGAAGACGACCUGAAUGAUUGCCAAAGUGAAGCUUCUACAAAUGAUGUCUUACGCAAUAUUUGGUCAAGGAAUGAAGACAACUAUAACAACUUACACCAAUUAUCCUUAUUAUACAUGCCAUAUUAUUUGUGGAUACCUUUUGAUGUAACCGUGUUUUUAAUGCUCGUAGCAAUCAUUAUAAGUUACUCUCUGGCAGGACCCCAAGCGUUUGCACAACUGCUCGGAAUUCAGAAUUAUGGCAUCGUGAUUCCGUUUUUUGUCUGGAUACUUGCUUUCAGUAUCGCUAUCUUUGGCGAUAUAAUCAAGGUCACAAUAUCGAUUCUAACUCUCUUCAAAUGUAGCAUACUCACAGCUGUGGUGAUAGUAACAAUCGAUGUCGGCGCGAAAAUUGACAACCCAAUUCAUAAUGAUUUUAGUCAUAUGGGAUCAUCAUUUCUCAUGGGCACUGUUGCUUUAGGUGGUGUUAUAAAUAUAUUACCAAUACUGUACGUAAAAAUUGAGCCUAUUAAACAACAAGUACGAUGUUUCUUCUUUGCAUCGUUUGCUGGAUUAACAACAUGCGCGAUUUUUAUUAUAUUGUGGGUUGUAUCUGUUCUUCAUAUUGUACCUCAAACCGAUGCUCAAUGUAGAGAAAACUUUUCACUGACAUCUAACAAAAGUGGAACUUUAACAACAUCACAUCUACUAACAAAUAUCAUCCCACCAGAAGACUGCUACAAAUAUACAUUAAAGAGGUCGGAAGAAAAUGGACAAAUUUCUACUGUUCCAUUGACUGAGAUUAUAUUAGACUUUUUUCCAGAAUACAGAUGGGUUGGACGGAUGACCCAAAUUUUCAUAGCUGUAAGCAUAACAGUGUCAUAUCUUGCAUUUGGAUCCGCUUUAAAGAGUAUGCGUAAGUAAUCAUUAACAUAG